AUGUCGAAAGCUGUCCGCUGUGCAUGCAAUAUGGCGUGGCACUAUAUUCUAUAUUUAGUAGGCCAGCCCUGGUUUCCAGUUCAUGGAUGGCAAAUGCCGUGAGGGCUUCGUUUCGGGAUCAAGAAAGCGGGCACUCCCACAGAUCCACCAGCAGAUGAUUAGUCUGCCUUUCCGGUCAUCCACAGUUUCUAGAUACAGAUUUACAGCAUCAAUACAGCAGAGAAGUGAUGUCAAUGAGAGAGCACCCCGACGAGGCCAUUACUCGAGCCAAUGUAGAGCUUUACAAAGCAAGCCUAUGUAUUCAAAAUUGUCGUACAUCAAUUCUCCAGUUGCUCACCAUUCGAAAAGAAGAGAAAAGAAGUCGAAUGCAAGUAGACCGAGAGAACCGACGCCUUCACGUCCUUUGCCAGGAGGCUGUGCACGACCGCAACGAGAUCGCCAGCAAAUGCCAAAGCCUAUACCGCGAGCUAGGAGAUGCCUAUACGGAGAUUCUCUCUCACUAUGCCUUGUCUGAGAAUUCGGAUCAAGCAUCGAUGACCGUGAAGGAUGGGACGCGGAUGACACAACUUGAACGAGAAAACGACAAGUUGCAACAACAGAACAGUGAGCUCCAGCGGGCAUUGGGAAUAGCGGCCGAUAUGAUCCGCGCUGUGAGAAUGCAGGAUUCAGCUUCAGAGACUCAUGGGGACAUCCAAGUGCAGCUAUAGCAAUGCCUUGAUUCGGUCCACGGUCCCGAUUUUGUCAAUUCCAUCUUCAAACG